AUGAAUACCAGCCGAAUAGGCUCAAAGCCUUCAAUACUGGGCAGCAGCAAUGACGAUAAAUACCCCAGGGCAGCUGAGAAUGCGGCUAGUCACUUUGGCGGAAAGGAUCGAGCCCUGGCCACUCUGUAUCUAGAGAAGACCCGGGCAGAGACCGAUCCUAGAAAUGUAUGCUUGCGAAAAUGGAAUCCCUUCCAAUGGAGAUUCUUCUUGAAUCGCCAUCUCGCCGAUUGCCUAGAGCCCAAAGUCUUCCGGAGUAGAGAUUCUACAAAUGAAGCAAUGAUCUGGGCAUGUCGAUCCAACAAUCUUGAUCUUAUUCGUCGGGCUGUGUUGAAUGGGGCCUGCGGGCUUGAGGGGAGGAAAAAGGUCUUUACAUUGUAUCUGGCCCUCGCGAGAGGCCAUAUGGAAGCCUUUAAGCUGCUCCUAGAUCUGGGCUCAUGGGUUGAUGGUCCAGGCGUCGACAAGGUACUGGUUCGGCGUCUGAAGAAAAGAAGCCGCCUUCCGUGCCACACUUGGGACUUUCUACCAUUGUGCCUCGAUAAAGGCUUCGAUGAGCAAGCCCGAGACAAGCUUGGCCUACCAUCGAUUCCCAUUCUGGUCUGUUCUGGGGCUCCCAUAGAACUGAUUGAAAUGCUGCUCGACAAAGGUGCCGAUCCGAGCGAAUUGCAUACCAAAGGACGCUUCAAGUUCAUUGGUGCCCUUUCUACGGCAAUUCGGGGCAAUUCGAUUCCGCUCAUGCGCCUGCUUCUUACUAAAGGAGCUGAUAUCUAUGGUAAAGACAUCGGUCGUCCUCAGAAGAGAAUCUCGAAUAUCCCUAUCUUCGCGGCCGCGGAGGUGAUUGUGAAGCACGGCCUUGAGCCGAUGCAGUUCUGCUUGGACAACGGAGCUGAUAUUAAUCAAAACGGCUGUGAAUAUGCGCCUUCGGAGAUCUGGGAUGAGACCCAGCAUGCUUUUAAUUACAGAACUGAGAUAAUACCAGCCCCGUCCUGCCUUGAUUUGCUUUUUGCCAAGUGGGGUUUGUCCCAAUUGGCCGUGCCCACAUUUCUCGAGACCGUGAAAUUUUUGAUCCAGCAUGAAGCCUCAAGUGAACGUCUUGCGAAAGUGCUUUCCCUGUGUGAUUACGACUGCGAACCUGACAACGACGACACAGCGAAAUUCAAGGCUGCAUGGCAUGACAUGCUUACAGUUGCGUGCAACAAUGCCUAUUUUACUAGUAGCACCUUCCUGGCUCAGUACAUUCUCUUUGAAGGCAAGGAAAGCAGCAGGAAGGAAAGUCAAGAGCUCGCCUACAUGACGAUUGACCAUCUAUUGGCAGUCGGGGCGGAUAUCAAUGCACGUACCGGGCCUAAUGGAUCUACUGGGCUCUAUUCGCUGUGUGAAUACUACGCUUCGUUAUGUUGGACAUAUGGUUAUGUUCUGACACGGAAGAAGAGAGAGUUUGUUUAA